AUGCCAGAUAAAGAUAUAUCUUCUUCUACUAAUGGGAAUAAUAGUAAUAAUAACAAUAGUAAUAAUAGUAAUAUUAAGGGGACGCAACAUAAGAAUAAGAAUGGAAACGGUUAUAAUAAAUAUUCUAACAGACCUAACAGCAACCAAAGUAAACAAUAUUCGACUAAGAGACAAGGUCAGUACAAGAGGAAACAACAAAAUCAAUAUAAACAAGUCAGAAGCAAUAGUAGUGAUAGCGAAUUUACUGAAUUCAGUGGCAAUUUAAAUUCAUCUAUUGAAGAUGAAAUCAUUAAUGGGAACUUUAAAUUGAAAGGUAGAAAAACCCAAGUGUCUAUUAAACAUUUGUUGGACUUUAAUCUUCCUGAGAUUGAGAGAAAUAAUGAAAAUGAUAGCACUUAUAAAAGAGCAGCUAACAAGAGAAAAGAACAAAAUAGAGAUCAUAUUCAUCUAUCCGGUGACUCCUUUAUUAAUGUCAAUUCAAGGUUUCUAGUAAAGGAUAACGGUGAUUACAAUGAACAAAUGAAUAACCCAAAUAUUCCAUUGCCAGAUUCUCAAAUAGUUAGAGUUGUAGUUUCGAAGGGGCAAAAUUGUCCUAUUUGUCUAUGCGAGGAACCUGUUGCCCCUAGAAUGGUAACAUGCGGUCACAUAUUUUGUGCUAGUUGUCUCAUUAAUUUCUUUUCUAUGGAGGAAACAAUUACAAUCAAAGAGACAGGAUUUAAGAAAAAGAAGAAAUAUAAAGAUUGUCCCUUAUGUGGCAAUAUUGUUAGGCCACAGAUGGUGAAGGAUGUAAUAUUUGAAGAUGAAUUUUCCAAAUCAAAUGAUAUCGGACCAAAGAUCGGUUCUGAAAUCAGCCUUAAAUUAAUGUGCAAACCUCAUGGUCUAUUACUGCCUUUGCCAGUAGAAUUAAACAUAGAUCCUCGUGAGGUUGGUGAUUUUCCAAAUUAUGCCAUCAAAAAUAUUACUUCCUAUUGCCAUAUAAUGAAGUGUGACACUAGUUCUGAAUUAGAAUUGUUACAGAGGGAUAUAAACUCGAUAAGUACACAAUAUGAAAUCGAUAAAGCCCUUUUUGAUGAGGAUAAGAAAUAUGUUGACUUAGCCAUUAACUCCAUCAAUGAUAAAAUUGUUUUAAUUCUUUCGGAGGCCAAUGAUCAAGAUAGCCUGGCGCUAUCGACCACAAGUGACAUAUCAAGGUUAAAUUUGAAUGAUUCUAAUGGUAAAUUAUUGAGGUCCAAGUACUCUGAAAAUGAUGCCUUUUUCUUCUAUGAGACUGCAUUUGACUCUCAAACGAAAUAUUUCUUAUCUCAUUUGGAUAUCAAAAUCCUCUUGAGUAGUUUCAAAUCUUACAGUUCAUUUCCAGAAUCUUUAAAGAUCGAAGUAGAAAAUAUACAUUUUGGGACAGCGGUCACUGAACAAUUAAUUAAAAAAUUGAAAUAUAUUAGCCAUUUACCGCUGGGAACAGAAUUAGCAUUUAUUGAUAUAGAUUGGCGUAAGUCAGAUAUUAUCCCAAAGGAAGUCUAUGAUGAAUUUACUAAUGAAUUAAAAACUCGUAGAAGACAAUUCAAUAGAAGGAAACAAAAAGAAGACCUCGAGAAGAAAAUGUAUCAACAAAAAUUAGAAGAAGACCAAAUAAAGUUUUAUCAAGAGGAAAAUGGUACUUCACAUUCGCUGAACGAACCUUCUAUUGAACUCAGUGAGAUUCUCAAUUCAUCAAAUAGAUUAGAUUCCUUAUCCACGUCAACUGUUGCUUCAUUAUCAAAAACCAAUAACGGCAUAACCAGUAAUACCAAGAAAAAAAACUACGAGGAAACAACUAUUUGGGGGACAUCCAUCUCUGUUUUACCAGAUGAAAGGACGUCAAAGGAGAACCAAGAUUUCGAAGAUAUGUUAUUGCAAAAGAUCAAUAAUAAUUCGAGGGAUAACUCAAACCCACUGAAAGAAUCAUCAGACACUAACAAAGGAAAACAAGGGAAUGGUAAAAGAAAAAAGAAAAAGGAGAAGGUUCUGUUAUUUAGCACAUAG